GACUCAAAAUGAAAAAAACAAAUAAAUCUGAUUUCUUCAGUCUGCUAAAUUAUUGAAUUUGAGUCGAAACGAAAGAUAGUUUUUAUUAAAUUACUUUUGAAGUAUAAAGAUGUCUGUAAUUACGAAAACUUGGGUAUCAUCGUUUUCUAAAUUUCUGAAAACAUCAAAAGUUAUUAACAGUUCAGUUCAUCGUUUAUAUUCUGCAGAAGCUUCAUUUCAAACAAAACCUUAUAAGUUACAUUUAUUGGAUUCUGGUCCUUCCUCUGAUGUAACCGUUACCAAAGAAGAAGCACUCAAGUAUUAUCGAGACAUGAUGGUUGUACGAAGAAUGGAAACUGCUGCUAAUAGUUUGUACAAGGAAAAAAUUAUUAGAGGUUUCUGUCAUUUAUAUUCAGGCCAGGAAGCAUGUGCCGUGGGAAUGGAAGCUGCCAUUAGAAAAACAGAUGCUGUUAUCACCUCUUACAGAGCUCAUGGUUGGACAUAUCUGAGAGGUGUUAGCGUUAAAGGUGUAUUAGCUGAAUUAACUGGCAGGGAACCUGGAUGUGCUAGAGGCAAGGGUGGUUCAAUGCAUAUGUAUCAUGAUAAUUUUUAUGGUGGCAAUGGCAUAGUGGGUGCUCAGGUUCCAUUAGGUGCUGGCAUAGGUUUUGCUCUAAGAUAUCAAGGAAGAGAUGAUAUAUGUUUGGCUCUUUAUGGUGAUGGUGCAGCUAACCAAGGUCAAGUGUUUGAGGCAUUUAACAUUGCAAAAUUAUGGAAUAUACCUACCAUUUUCAUUUGUGAAAAUAAUGGCUUUGGAAUGGGAACGAGUAUUGAGAGAUCUUCUGCUUCAACUGAUUAUUACACAAGGGGCGAUUAUGUUCCAGGGAUUUGGGUUGAUGGAAUGGAUGUUUUAGCGGUUAGAGAAGCGACAAAAUUUGCUGCUGAAAUUUGUCGAGCUGGCAAGGGUCCUCUUGUAAUGGAAGUUGCUACUUAUCGUUAUCAUGGACACAGUAUGAGUGAUCCAGGAACAAGUUAUCGCACAAGAGAAGAGGUACAAGAAGUGAGGCAAACUAGAGAUCCUAUCACUUCCUUCAGAGAAAAGAUCAUCAAUGCAAAUUUAGUAGAAUCUGAUGAAUUAAAGAAAAUUGAUCAAGAAGUUCGAAAAGAAGUAGAUGAAGCAGUUCAUGUUGCUAAAACUGCUAAUGAAAUUCCCUUAGAAGAACUAUAUGCUGAUAUUUAUGUUGAACCAAUCUAUACAAAGAUUAGAGGAACUACACCAUUCACUGAACAUCACCAUAAGAGACUGUCCAAUCCACGAAACUUAUGAUCAUUUGAAAUUAAAAUUAGACCUAUAGAAUGUUGUUUGUUUUGUUAUUUUGCCAAAGUUACAUUUGAUCAAUUGUUGUUAUUAGAUUUUUUUUGUGUACAAAAUGUAUUUAAUUGCUUGUUUGUUUUUAAUCCUGACCAUGAAUUUAAUAUAUAAUUUUGAAAACUUUUGUGUGUAAAUUUAAUUCCUCAAAUUCUUUAAUAAUUUUUUUUUUUUAAAGUGCUGCUUGAAGGAGGGAAAAUCACUAUUUGUAGAAUUUUUUAUUUAUUGCUUUGUUGUUAUUUAACUAAUAAAAUUAUUCAUCUAUAUCAAAAACUAAACAUUUAUUCAUUUCUAUUAAAAAUUCUAUGUGUGCUAGUCACCCUAAUCAUGUGAUAGCAUGUAAUUAAUGCUUUUAAAUACUAUUGGAAAGAUUAGAGAGUAAUAAUGCAAUGCGUAAUACUAUAAGGCCUAUAACUCUGUAUAAAUAUUAAUUUAAUUUUGUUUAUUCCAGCUAAUUUCUUCCAAGACUCUUUUGUAUAUGAAUAAACAAAAUAUUAAGCAAAUAUUAUUCUAUCUCCAUAGCUGUUAUGAGUUCGUCAGAGUUACUCAUAACAUCAUAACUAUUAGGUUAAACUCCCACCAUCUGUAAUCUCUAGCCAUCCUCCUCUAUAUUGAUCAUAAAAAAGGCAUAAAAAAUCAAGAUAAAGAGAAACCAGUUUAUAUAUGUAAAAGGUGGCUGUCGAACCGAGUAGCAAAACAGACACAGGACUUUAAUAAAAGCAAAUCAUUGGUCAUUCUUUAUUGAGUGGUGAGUGAAAAGUUUAGUUUACUCUAUUGAUGAUCAGUCUUUCCGGUAGGGAAAAUCUUACAAAAAAUCCGAAAAUGUCUCUAUUUAGGGAAAAGAGGAAAAUCUUAGAAAUUACUAUUGGUUUAUUAAAUAGGUCGCGCGAUUCCCACGGAAAUAAAAGAAAGAAUGUCUUACUUUAAUGAAUGCAUACUUGAGUCGAAAAUAGAUUUAAGAACAGGAUGUAGCUUUUUAAAAGUGUGAGAAAGUGUUUCGAUUGCAAUAAUAAAUUAGGAAAAGUUUUAUGGAAAAGAAAUAACAUAAAAAGAUUAAUAGAAGCUUUUUAUGUUACAUAUAUUUAAUUAAAAGCACUUGUGAUCUUGAUUUUAAAAAUAUGAAAAGUUACACCAGCACUGCAUAGUUUAAGUUCAUGUGCAAUUACUGAAAAUUAUUGGUUGCUUUUCUAAAGCUCUACAAUAACAAGAAAUAACAAUUUUCAUCAUAAUUUGCUAUUUUUAUGAUUGUUGUGACUUUUUAAUAGUUACUUAUUCAAUCAUUCAUAUUAGGUUAAAUUUGUCUUAUCUUUUAGCUCUCUAUACUAAUUAUGAAAGUGAUGCAAAAUGUCAAUACAAAAAUAAGUCUCAGUUUUUUGAAAAUGAAAAGCGUUUGUGAUCUAGUGUUUUAAUAUUUGAAAUUUUACUCUUAAUGCUGCAUUAUGUGGAUCAUAAAAAUUUGCAAAAAUUGGGAUUCAUUCCUAAAUUUUAAUGAUUUUUAUCUAAGACGAUGAUUUUUCUUGUAAGCAAUUAUAAAAAAUUUCAAUAAUAUUUUUAAUAUCUUGGCUAUUCAGCCCCACAUAAUUCUUUACAGCAAGAUAAAAUAUAUAGUUUGAAAUUAUAACUUUUCUUCGAAUUUAGGACACUAGGAUGUGGCUUUAUUUUUGCCUGUGAAAGAGCUACGAGAAUCACUUUUAAUGAUUUUCUUCUAGGUGGGAUUAUCUCGCUAAAUUGUCAAAUCUUUAAGAAUGAAUUAUUUUUCAAGUAAUUAAAUUUGCCUGUCCUAAUAAUACUAUAUAUUGUUUAAAAAUCAAAACUUUGCUUAGUUGAAGGCAUUCAAACUAUGGCUUCGUUUACCUUGUCAAAAGAGCUUUGAAGAACCCCCUAAAACUACCUAUUUUAAUGUUGAACACAUUCCUAAGUAAGCUUUGUAAUACAUUCAAAAAUGCUAUGUUUUUUUCUGUUUGAAAUUACUAAAAUGAUACUUUGAUUUGUUUAUUUACUUAUUUAUUUUUAGUGAAAAUCACCAUUAGUAAAAAACUGAUACUAACCUAUAAAUAUUUUACUUUGUUUUGUCAUUCCAAUAAAUUAUUGACCUAAAGUAAAUGUUGAUCAUAAAAACUAUUUGUGUAUCCUUCGACUCAAAAUAAUGUUUAGUUUAACUAAAAAUCUCCAAUUUUAA